AUGGCCUCUCAAGAAUCUCAGGGACAAACCAACCCAAUCUUUAAGGAUUACCUCCCUGGUUCUUCUGACAAUCCUCAGCAGAAUACGCCUGUUGAAGCAACAAGUCUCUGGAAGCAAACAUCACACUCUCAUAAUUUGCCACCUGGUCUGGAGUACCUGAACCAGCUGGACCAGAUAAUUAUUCAUCAGCAAGUGGAGCUUCUGGAAGCCAUACUUGGCACAGAGACCUCCAGCAAAUACGAGAUAAAAAACCACUUGGGACAAAGAGUUUACUUUGCAGUGGAAGAGAAUGGCUGCUUUGACCGCAAGCUGUGCUCGCCCAUCAGGUCUUUCACCAUCAGAAUUUCGGAUAACGCGGGCAGGGAGGUGAUCCGAGUCAUCAGACCCUUGAGGUGCAACAGCUGCUGCUUCCCCUGCUUCCUGCAGGAGUUAGAAGUUCAGUCCCCACCAGGUACAAUAGCUGGGUACGUUGUACAGAACUGGGACCCUUUUCUGCCAAAGUUUACUAUACAGAAUCAAAGUAAAGAAGAUGUGCUAAAAAUAAUUGGUCCAUAUGCAACCUGUGGCUGUUUUGAUGAUGUUGACUUUGAGGUAAAAGCUCUCAAUGAGAUGACAACGAUUGGCAAAAUUUCCAAGUACUGGUCUGGAUUUGUCAACAAUGUCUUCACCAACACUGCCAACUUUGGGAUCCAGGUCCCUGUAGAUCUUGACGUGAGGAUCAAGGCAGUAAUGAUUGGUGCUUGUUUCCUCAUUGAUUUAAUGUUCUUUGAAAACUCUUUGGAUGGAUUAUAA